AUGGGCACCGCCUGGUCCCGGGAGGCCGCCGCGUUGCUAGAAUGCGACGUCGAGGAACCACAAGAGCCAUCAUCGAAAGACAUCAACUAUGAAAAAUUCUUCAAAGAUAUUGAUGAACUGAGGGAAGUGAGGAAGCUGUACGACGACGCCGAGGACACCGCGUGUCCAAAAAGGCUGCCCCACGACUUCAAGUGGUGGCCCCAGGACGAACGGGGCGUCUUCAAGGAUGAAGGUAUUCAAUUAGGCUUGGACGGGACGCCCGUGGAGACGGUCGACGAACUUUAUCAAGUUGCGGAGCCCGCGCGGUACCUGUUCGAGACGACUAUCAGUAGUUUCCUGCGGCGCAUGGCCUACGAGGACGACGAGGAAUUGCGGAAGGCGUCGGCAGCGUGUCACUUUGCGUGCGCUUCGUUAAAAGACCGCGGCGCCUGCGCAAGGAAAGCGUCACGGUCUCACGUGUCCAAGGUUUUUGACGUCGUGCGCGGGACGUUAAUUUGUGAUUCGGAGGCGUCGUUGGCGGCGCUGUGCGACGCCAUGGACGACGACGAAUUCGUGAAAGUGGUACGGACGAAGAACCGGUUCGCGCGGCCGGGCGCGACGGGCGUUCGCGAUUUACUAGCGUCCGUCUCCGUUAAUGUUGCGGCGACGCUCAUGCCGUCGAGCAACGCCAAUGACAUCGUAGAGCAAGAGUUACCGACGCUCAUCGAUGAGAAGGGUGAGCUUGACCACGACGCUCUGGAAAGACACGUCACGUCCAAAGUAGCCAAAGAACCGACGGUGGCCCACCGCUGCGAGCUGCGCAUCACUUUGAAACAAUUCGAGGCGUGCGACCGGCGCGGCCUGAAAAGCUACGCGGCCUUCGCCGACUUUUUCGCCGGUUGUCCGUCCAAGAGGACUAGCAUGCUUCGCGCGUCGCGGCACGAGUUAAUACUCGGCGUGCCGGCGAUCGAAGCGACGAAGGAAGCGCUGCUGAAGUGGGGCUUCAACGUCCACGGCCGGUCGGCGGAGCAGCUCGGGAACUUCGCGGAGCUGUUCUGGUUCCUCGGCGAUAGGGAGCCCUGUAUGGAAAUAAGAGAGCGGGCCGCGCUGGCGGCGGCCAUGAAGGCCGGGUCCGUGUCGCGGGACCACGCGACGCAUCUCACGAAUCUAGGUUUGGAACUGGCAAAGCAUAAAAGACAUACGGAGGCCGCGGCGGCGUUGGAGGACGCGUGUUCUACCUGGGAAGACGUCGGCAGCACGGGCAUCAACGCGGGGAAAGCAAUGAAAGUGCGCGCCCGGCGCACGGAGGAGCUGCUGCACGCCGGGGACGUGGCCGCGGCGCUGGCGAACGCGCGGGAGGUACUUAAAGAACAGAGGAACCCGGCGACGCUCCUGGCGCUCGCGCGGUGCCUCCGCCUGUCCCAGGAAUAUAAGGAAGCGGAACCCUUCAUACGGGAGGCGCUUGAUAUUACAAAGGAGAAGCGCACAAAAGCAACGGGCCUCUACGAGCUCGCGUCCAUACUAGUGGGCCUCGGGGACCCCGAGCGCGCCGAGGAGUGCGUCGCGCGCUACGAGGAAAGCAUUGUGUUGUUUGAGAAGCUGGGCGACGACCGGCUGGGCCUGGCCCUCCAGGGCCUCGCGAACGUGCAUCGUAGGAUCGGUGAUUCGGACCGAGCGCGGGACUACCAAGCCAGGGCCGCGGUCUGCCUCGGGCAUGUCUUGGGGAGGGAGCACCGCUACCAGAUCGCCAUGGGCCGCGCCUGCGAUUUAUUGAACGACAUGCCUGAGCCGGAUGAAGAAAAACGCCUCGACCGCGACACCGAGGACACGUUGCGGCGGGAGGUGCGCCUCGAUGCUGAAGAACUAGGCCAGGACCAUUUGCAAACGAGCGAGGCCGUGACGCGCCUCGCGGAGUUCUUGCGAGCCACCGAUCGGCCGGCGAAGGCGCUGCCGCUCUACCGCCGGGCCCUCGCGACGAUCGAAACUAGAUUGGGGCCGAAGCACGCGGCGUGCUGCGGCGCGCGGCGGAAGCUGGGGCGGUGCCUCGCGGCGCUCGGUGAAAAUGAAGAGGCGUCGCGCGUCCUGAAGCGCGCGCUGGAUCUAAGUCUGGCGGCCUUCGGGGAGGACCACGUGGAGGUCGCUCUGGUAUUAUGCCAGUACGCGCAGGUCGUCCUCAACUUAGGAGACGAGGACAAGGCCCUCGGACUGUUUGAAAGGAGCCACGCGAUCCACGCGAAGCGGCCGAAGGCGGAGCUGGGCGACGCGGCGGCGGCGCUGAACGAGCUCGCGGACGCCGUCGAGGCGCGGCGCGGGCCGCGCCGGACGCGCGACCUGUUCCGGCGCCGGGCCAUCGCGAUCGCCGCGCUGGCGCACGGCGAGGCGUCCCUCGAGCAGGCCGAGCCGCUCGAGCGCCUUGCCAAGGACAAGGUCGAGGAGGGGGCCUGGGUCGAGGCCCUCGAGCUGUCGUCGCGGGCGCUCGAGGCGCUGCGGAAGGGCGGCGACGCGAGGCACGUCGCGUUCGCUUUGGAUAGGAAGGCGACGGCAUUGCAGGCCCUGGGCCGGGCGGCCGAGGCCGAGCCGCUGCUCCGGGAGGCCCUCGCCGUCCACCGGACGCAAUCCACAGCCUUCGAGGCCGCGACGGCGGAGACGCACCUCGCGUCGGCGCUGCGCGAGGCGGGGCGCGUCGAGGCGGCCGCGCCGCUGCUCCAUCACGCCAUUGACGUGACCGAGGCGGCGUUGGGCGGCGACCACCCGGGGACGGUGCGGCUCGACCGCGAGGCGGCGCGGCUCGUCGCGGCCUACGCGGCGGCGCUGCCCCCCGACGGCGGCGGCGGGCCGUCGGACGACGACGCGAUUUCGUACGACGACGAUCGUACGGCGUCGGACGCCUCCGACGCCACGCCGGCGGCGCCGGUGGUCGCGGUCGCCGCCGCGGAAACUGCUGGCGACGACGCCGCCGCCGCCGCGAAGCGCCUCGCGGCGCACUACCUCCGGAGCGGGGACGCGCGGCAGGCCGUCGCGCCGGCGCGCCGGGCCGUCGCGCUCCGCGCGAGCGAGCUCGGGAAGGAGCACCCGAAUACGUUGACGAUGGUCGACCUCCUCGGCCGCUGCCUGGGCGCCGCCGGCCAGCUCCAGGAGGCCGAGAGUUUGCUGCGGUUGGCGGCCGGCGGCCUGGCGCGGCACCUCGGCGACGACCACCCGGCCGUCGGCGCGUCGCUCUCGAACCUCGCGGCCGUGGUCCAGAAGCGCGGCGCCUGCGCCUACUACCGGGGCGACUACGCCGACGCGUCGGGCGCGCGCGACUACGCCGAGGCGCUGUACCGGCGGGCGCUGGGCGUCUUCGACCGCGACGCGCGGACGCCGCCCGAGACGACGUUGACCGCGCUGCGGAACCUCGGCGACUGCCUCGUGGAGAACGGCAAGCCGUCGCAGGCGGCGCCCGUGCUCGGGCGCGUGGUCCAGCUCCGCGAGCGUUUGGGGUUGCCGCUCCUGGGCUGCGUCGAGGACCACGCGGCCAUGCUCCACGACGCCGGCAAGCACGCCGCGGCGGAGGCGCCAUACCGGCGGGCCUUGGCAUUGGCUCAGAAAGCUUUCGGUUCCGAGAGCGUCGACGCGCUGCCCGCCCGGGAGAACCUCGCGGCGCUGCUGUGGGACGCCGGGAAGGCGGGCGAGGCGGAGCCCGAGUAUCGGAUUGUACUGGAGCGGCUGGAGGCGCUCGUCGGCGGCGCGCACCCCGACGCCGCGGCGGCGUGCCACGACCUCGGCGAGGUGCUGGUCGAGCUCGGGCGCGGGGACGAGGCGCGCCCGCUCCUCGCGCGGGCGCUGGAGGGCUACGGGGCGUACUUCGCCGCCGACCACCCCGACGUCGUCGCCCUCAAAGCGCGGCUCGCGGGCGACCUCGCGCCGCUCGCGCCGGGCCAGGGGCACCGCCCGCGGUCGACGCAUCGCAAGGGCCGCGGGAGCCGGCGGUCGAAAGCCGUGCCCGCGUCUGGAGGGGUGCCGGAGGCGCCGCGGCCCUAG